GUUGUUGCUUCCAAGCAACCGGACAUUCUAGAAACCCGGAAGUAGCGUGAAGGUCUUUGACGAUGGUUGGAGUUUAGAUAACGUUUCGCAGUUGUGGGACCAGUAUCGAUGUGAAAAUGGGUGUUAAAAUAGAAGUGUUUCGCAUGAUGCUAUAUCUGUCCUUUCCUGUGACCAUGUUCUGGAUCUCAAAUCAGGCAGAGUAUUUUGAAGAGUACAUAGUAAAGAGAAAGAGGGAGAUCUUUCCCCCUGACGAGCAACUGCAUAGGAAAGAGUUGGAGGACUUCAAAGAACGAAUGCGUCUUCGUAAGGAGCAGCGGAUGUUAAAGCAGAUUUCUGUGGAAUCUGAGAACUGAGGAUUAUGUGUCUGAAGCAGUGCGUAAAGUCCCGGCGAUGAAGGAUUAUUUGGCAGAGUCCUUUGGGCAAAAGAAAACUGGCCAGACUGAAAUCUCUAAGAAGUUAAUGCAUCUCAAAGAUGUCUUUUUUUCUAGGGAUUCAUUGUGCCUAAUAUGCUUGUUAAAUUUACACGUGUGGGUUGUUUCCCACACAAGACUUUUCAAAUGUCAGCCGUGUGUGUUUGAAUGCUUGAUCAGUUGAGUUGCUGUGUUAUCACUGUCAUGAAACAAAUAUUUGAGUUGUAAAUCCAGUCGGAUCUGUUGUGAAUUUCAUGAUUUAUUUUGUGAGAUGAUGCCGUACCUAUGAAAUAUAUUCACCCUCAUGGAUUUUUUCCCUGUUAAGUUUUUACAUUGUAAUAGAUUGGAUGUAAUUAGGCAUUUUUUACACUCAUCGAAAGAAAGAUCUUAAAACCACAGUGUGAAAUAAAUCUCCAUAAACUGAUUUGAAUUAAACCGAACAUAAAACACAAAGUAACUGAUUGCAUAAAUAUUCAGCCCUUUCAAAAUAAUAUUUAUCAGAGGGGCAUGUGGCUGCCUUUACCCUACGAUACAAAAUCUGGGUAGUUUUAGUCUCAUAUUCUGGGCUGUCUUUUGGGAAAUACAUUUUUCCUUAAGUCACAGUCCACUCACAGACCUCUGCAUUUUCUUCUGUGACUGAUUUGUAUUUCCGUGCAUUUAUUGUAAAUGACAGGCAAUUGGCUGCAGCAGCUAUGUGAUACUAUGACAUUAAAUUAUUUUUUUCUGUUUAUCACUCGUAAAAGUGGAGUGGCAUUCCCUGUGUUUGUUUUAAAAAGUUUAGGAGGUGGGGGGAAUCAGCACUUGGCUCUGAUUAUGUGUAUACUUGUUAACAUGCCAUUGUAAAGCUGUUUUUCAUUGAAGUCACUGCUGGUUAUGUUUCACCUAUUAUAACAGAAGCAGUGAUUCACCCAUUGGAUGUGUUUGUGGUUAGAUAUGAAGGUGUAUCUGCAUCCUAUGUCCAUCCCCUUUUAACCCCACGUUAAAGGCAUCACCUUGUGACCAGAGGAUUGCUGGUUUAACCAGCAGCCAAUGUUUUGAGUAUGAACAGGAUAAGAAUGACUAACUUUGGCAGAGACAUUGACUAUUUAAAUGAAGUGUGACUGGAAUGUACUUCCUGGUACAAGGCACAACAAUGGAGUUCUCAAGUAGGUAAUUCAGUAACUGAAAAUGUCUCAACCUUUGGAAUGAAGUGAAAUACUGAUCAUGUUUUUCCAUAUUUUAUUUUAUUUAGUCUUUAUUCUUACCAGGAAUAUUCCCACUGAGAUUAAAAAUCUAUUUUACAAGGGUGUCCUGGCCUAGACAGCAACAUAAAGAGUUUCACAUUAAAGAACAAAUGACAGA